UAUAGCUAAGUUGCAUGUUGAUAUAUACACAAAUACAAAAAAAGAAGAGUAUUUUAAUGGAUUAUUAUUUUAAUGUUUAGUUUGAGAAGUGAAAAAUGAAAUUGAAAGCAAAAGCCAUGCUAGAGAAAAUGGGAAAGAGAGAUAAAAUAUUGUUCUUGUUGAAGAAGCAGAAGCAGCAGAUUAUGGGUAUAAUGUAUAUGGAGAUUAGAGCCACUAGAAAAGGGAAAAAUUUCUAUUCUAUACUCUUCCUUUUUCUCCUUUUCAUUUUUGUACUCUUUGUUCUUUAAAACCAUUUACAAUUCAUCAAAAGAUUGGAACUUUAAUCCUUUUUUGUGUUUUCUUGAUCUGGAUUCUUUUGUUUUGAUACUUUUCUGCUUGUGGGGUUGUUGUUUUUGGGGGUUUUGGUUAGUUUAACUAGUUUAUUUGGGUACCAACCUCUGGAUUUUGUGUUUCUUGACACUUUUCUGUUGGUGGGGUUCUUGUUUUUUGAGAUUUUAUUAAGUAUAACUAGUUUAUAUGGGUACCUAGCUUUGGAUUUUGUGUUUCUUGUAAUGAAAAAUUGGACCUUGGGAACUAUUGUUGAAGAUUCUGGGAUUGGUUGAGCUUAUGUGUUUAGGUUUCAAUAUCUAUAUAUUGGUCAAAAGCACUUUAAAUUCACUCCUUAUUUGUUUUCAAGAUUUUAUACUUCCAGGUCAUUUCAUUGGUGUACAUACCAUAAUUGGUCUCACUCUAAAUUACUGUAAUCUGUUUUUCCCCUUUCCAAUAUAUAGUGAUUUUUGGGGGAACUUUUUUUCAUAUACAUUCUUUAAAGAAAAAAGAUAUAUACUUAAUGUAAAUUGCAGAAAAAAAAAGAGAACCCCCCCAUUUUUUGUUGUGGGGUUUGAUAGUUUCCAUUGUGUUUAGAUACAGAUUAGGAGAAAAAGUUAUGAACUUUGAUAAAUUGAGGCAGAAUUGUAUUGCCAUUCUUGGUGGGGUUUACUCAUUACUUCCAGUCUAUGGGAGUAUUUGAAAGUUCAGUUUUUUAUUUGAUUGAGAAAGUUAAAUCUUGGAUUUCGCGGGGAAUGAGUGGAUUAAACAUGGAUGUUGACAGUGGAAAAAUCUGUUGGGAAUGCAAGAUGAGGUUUACCGAUUCUUGCAACAAGUACAAUUGCCAAAUUUGCAAUGGAGUUUUCUGCGGUGAUUGUUGUACUCACAGUAAUGGAUGUUUUGAUGUUGUUGCAUCUGGAUUAAAAGGGGAAGUGGUUGGUAUAAAGUCUUGCAAGUUUUGUUCCGAGUUAAGGACUUGGAAUAAUGGUGUUGGGAAGUAUAGAGACAAAACUUGUCCUUUUGAGUCUCCUAGAGAAAGCACAGAAUCAACAUCAACAAAUUUCAAUAGUGACAGAUUUGAUGGUUAUUCUUCACAUACACCAGUUAAGAGUAGUUUUACAACCUUUUCAGGUCAUCCGUUUCCGAUAUCUCUACGUCACUCGCCAAGCAGGAGUGAUGAAGACGAAGGAGGGGAUUCAACAAGGCAAUUUUUUAGUCCGUCAAGUAGCUAUUUUCAUGAUACUUCAGAUAUAGAUUCGAGUAGUGUUAGUACUAGACAUGAAUUUUACAGUUUAAGGUCAGCUGGAUCAAGUCCAUCGGACAGCCCCUCUAGGAUUCGUUUUACUUCCAAUAGAGCUGGGCAUUCUGUACAGCAAGAUCAAAAUGAGAUCCCAAGGUCUCAGAAUAAUGGUCCCUUUGAUCAAGAAGCCUCAUAUGUUUUAAGAAGGCUUGAGAAAGGGACGAAGGAUCCAGAGACUGCUGAUGCUAGUGUUGAAAAUUUGUCUGUAUAUCACAACCAGCUAGAGAAGCAGCAAAAGCCGUUUGAUCUUAGAAAUAGUGAUUUCAUAUGGUUUCCUCCUCCACUUGAUGAAGAUGAUGAGGAUGAAAAUAAUUUCUUCACAUAUGAUGAUGAGGACGAUGAAAUUGGAGAAUCGGCUGCAAUAUUUUCUUCAAGUGCAAACCUCACCACCAUGGAUAAAGAGCAUGUGGAUCACAAGGAACCUAUGAAAGCUGUUGUACAGGGCCAUUUCAGGGCUCUUGUCUUACAGUUAUUGCAAGGUGAAGGAGUAAAGUCGGGGAAAGAAAGCGGUUCUGAUGACUGGAUUGACAUAGUUACAUCACUAGCAUGGCAAGCUGCGAAUUUUGUGAAGCCAGAUACUAGUGAAGGAGGCAGCAUGGAUCCUGGUUAUUAUGUAAAGGUGAAAUGUGUAGCUUCUGGAAGUCCAAGGGAGAGCACCCUUGUUAAAGGAGUAGUCUGUACGAAGAAUAUCAAACACAAGCGAAUGAAUUCACACUGCAAAAAUGCUAGAUUGCUUCUGCUAGGAGGAGCACUUGAGUACCAAAAAAUUCCCAAUCAGUUGGCAUCUUUUAACACAUUAUUGCAACAGGAAAGGGAGCAUCUGAAGAUGAUUGUUUCAAAAAUUGAGGCCCACCAUCCUAAUGUGCUACUUGUAGAGAAAAGUGUAUCUUCUCAUGCUCAGGAGUAUCUACUGAAAAAAGAGAUCUCUUUGGUGUUAAAUGUUAAGCGGCCACUGCUGGAGCGGAUAGCCAGGUGCACUGGUGCUCUUAUAACCCCGUCCAUCGAUAACAUAGCCAUGGCUAGAUUGGGAUAUUGUGAGCUCUUUCAUUUAGAAAAAGUUUCUGAAGAGCAUGAACCUCCAAACCAGUUCAACAAGAAGCCAUCAAAGACUUUGAUGUUUUUUGAUGGUUGUCCCACACGUUUAGGUUGCACGGUCUUGCUGAGGGGUCUGUGUUGUGAAGAACUCAAGAAGGUGAAGAAUGUCUUCCAGUAUGCCGUCUUUGCGGCAUAUCAUCUGUCCCUUGAGACAUCAUUCCUUGCUGAUGAAGGUGCUAGUCUACCUAAAGUUUCUGUUGCCAUACCAGAGAUGACAUCUGCAGAUAAUGCUAUUUCAGUGAUUUCUCAUACUGCUUCCUCGGCAAGACACCAUAGAGUUGGUAAUGGCCCACAUAACCUUGUAGGAUCUGCCAGCUGCAAUGCGGACGUCGGGUUACCAGUAUCGUUGGUGAAGCAUCAUUACCCUCCUUUUAAAGAUCCAACCACCCUAGAUGAUACCAUUGAAGGAUCACUAGUAACUUUAGGUCAAGGGGAGUUUCAACCAAGUGAAUCGCCAGAUCUGUCAAAGUUUGAGAUAUCAGAUGAAUUUGAACCCUCUAAUGAAUCAUAUUCAGCUGCUGACAGUCGUCAAAGCAUACUAGUAUCAUUCUCAAGUCGAUGUAUUCUAAAUGGAAAUGUAUGUGAACGUUCUCGGCUUCUUCGCAUAAAGUUUUAUGGAUCUUUUGACAAGCCACUUGGGCGAUUUCUUCUGGAUGAUCUUUUUGGUCAGAUACCUUCCUGUCAAUCAUGCAAGGAGCCAGCUGAGGACCAUGUCAUUUGUUAUACACACCAGCAAGGGAAUCUUACUAUACAUAUUAGACGGCAACACUCUGUGAAGCUGCCUGGUGAGUGGGAUAACAAGAUAUGGAUGUGGAAUCGAUGCCUCAAGUGUGCCCGUAUAGAAGGAGUCCCACCAGCAACUCCAAGAGUAGUAAUGUCAGAUGCUGCUUGGGGACUCUCAUUUGGGAAGUUCUUGGAUCUUAGUUUUUCAAACAAUGCAACUGCGAACCGUGUUGCUGGCUGUGGUCAUUCUCUCCAACGGGAUUGCCUCCGGUUUUAUGGGUGUGGAAGUAUGAUUGCAUUCUUCCACUAUUCUCCUAUUGAUAUUCUGUCAGUUUGUCUACCUCCAUCAACUCUUAUGUUCAGUAGCUAUGAAGAGCAGGAGUGGUUACGGAAAGAAACAGAUGAGCUAUUGUGCAAAGCCAAGGCCUUGUAUGCAGAGAUAUCCAGUGCUAUUCGCAGGAUUGAAGAGAAAAGAUCCUCUUUAGAACAUGAUUUAUCUGAUAAACCUGAGCUGGAUGACUGCAUCAUGGAGUUAAAAGACUUACUUAUGAAAGAAAAGAGCGAUUACCAUGACUUGCUUCAAACUGCUGAUGCAGAAACUUCAGAACAAGCGCAGGCAGUGGUUGACAUUCUUGAACUAAAUCGUUUGAGGCAUUCCCUUGUGAUUGCUUCACAUGUUUGGGAUCGUCGUCUUUUAUCUGUGGAAUCUCUCUUCCAAGAGACCUCCGGUUCAGAGUAUACUGGAUCUUGUAGUGAGCUGAUAGAUUGGAGAAACAACGUGUUUCUGAAAAAUGGCCCUCUUGAGCAUGUCUAUGAAGAGACAGAACCUGAAUUCUCAAAUUUAGAUGAAUAUCCUCAGAAACCUUUUCAGUCUGAAGAGGAGGAGACUCAUGGGUCACCUUAUAGGCUGGAAGAGUCCAUGUUUACCUCAUGUGAGUUCAAGAAAACGCAGGACAAGCAUAUGGAAGGAGAAAAUGCAGUUAAUGGAACACCCUUGGAACGAGCUCCUUCAGCUGGUUCUGUUCUUUCUGAUCAGAUAGAUUCUGCUUGGACUGGUACUGACCGAUCUCCCAAAAAAGCUUUGUUAGAUAUGAAAUUACAACGAAAUGGAUCUGAAGCUGCUUCUUUCAGACAACUGAGUCAACUUGAUUAUCCUCCUAUUGCAAGGGUAAAAUCACCAGCACGAGUUAACUCCUUCGACUCUGCACUGAGACUUCAAGAAAGAAUCAGGAAGGGAUUGCCGCCUUCUUCACUGCAUUUAUCAGCAAUUAGAUCUUUUCAUGCUUCUGGAGACUAUAGAAAUAUGAUCAGAGACCCUGUUAUAAGUGUUCAGAGAACUUAUUCUCUAAUGUCACCCAAUGAGGCUCAGAAGUUUAAUCUCCUAAUGAAUUCAUCACCCUCGUUUAUUUCUUAUGCAUCUCUUAUACAUGAUGGACCCAGGUUAAUGGUUCCACACAAUGGCUUCAAUGACAUUGUAAUAGCUGUUUAUGACAAUGAACCUACUAGCAUAAUAUCGUAUGCUCUUGCUUCCAAACAGUAUAAAGAACGGGUGACUGAUAAGCCAAAUGUGUCUGAAAGGGGUUGGAACACAAAUGACAUCAGGAAGGAGAAUGGAGUGGCCUGUAAUGUUUCAAGAUGGCAGUCUUUUGGCUCUCUAGACAUGGAUUAUAUCCAUCAUGGAAGCCAUGGUUCUGAAGAUGCUUCCAGUACAAUUAGUUCCAUCUUUGCAGAUUCCAAGACCUCCCCUCACCUAAGGAUCUCUUUUGAGGACGAAUCUUCAAAUGCUGGCGGAAAGGUGAAGUUUUCUGUCACUUGUUACUUUGCUAAGCAGUUUGAUGCUCUCAGGAAGAGAUACUGUCCUGAUGAACUGGACUUUAUACGGUCUUUAAGCCGUUGUAAGAGAUGGAGCGCUCAAGGCGGAAAGAGCAAUGCUUAUUUCGCUAAGUCAUUGGAUGAAAGAUUCAUAAUAAAACAAGUUCAAAAAACUGAGUUAGAAUCUUUUGAAGAAUUUGGACCCAACUACUUCAAAUAUCUAACAGAUUCUGUUAGCUCAAGAAGUCCAACUUGCCUUGCCAAAGUUCUCGGAAUAUAUCAGGUUUCAGUCAAACAUUUGACAGGAGGCAGGGAAACGAAAAUGGACUUGAUUGUGAUGGAGAAUCUCUUUUUUGGAAGAAAAAUAUCUAAGGUCUAUGAUCUUAAGGGUUCUCUAAGGUCCCGUUACAAUGCAGACAAAACUGGGGCAAACAGUGUGUUGUUGGACUUGAAUCUUUUAGAAAUAUUGCGUACCAAACCUAUAUUUCUUGGAAGCAAAGCAAAAAGAAGUCUGGAGAGAGCUAUUUGGAAUGAUACAUCCUUUUUAGCGUCUGUUGAUGUGAUGGAUUACUCUUUGCUUGUUGGUGUGGACGAAGAGCGCAAGGAGCUAGUCUUAGGGAUCAUUGAUUUCAUGAGACAAUAUACUUGGGACAAGCACUUGGAGACAUGGGUUAAGGCAUCCGGCAUACUUGGUGGACCAAAGAAUGCAUUACCAACGAUUGUUUCUCCGAUACAAUACAAGAAAAGAUUCAGAAAAGCGAUGACAAGCUAUUUUCUCACCCUGCCUGAUCAAUGGUCAUCUUAAAUUCAUUACAACAGCUUUUAUAUCAAUAAGCAAAACCAAAAUGGUAUUUGCAAAGAACAGCAGGAAGGGAAGUUGAUAAAAUUCCAGUUGGUCCAUUAUGUUCUUUUUUUGUGUGUGUAGGAUGGAAAUAGUCCUUUCUGGUAUCUGGCAAAAUGUACAUUUACAAGUUUUCAUCAACAAGAUUGAUCUACUUUGAACUUACUUCUUCCCAUUCUUUGCAACUUCCUUUUGAUGUUUAGACAUUGCAUCAUCAAGUGUUAGCAUUGUGCUCGAGUCAAGUCGAGUGAAGAACUACCAUAAAGAGCAAGUUGGUUAAGUA